UCAGCUGAAGCCAACGACUGAAACUGGAAUCGUGGAGUCCAAAUCCGAUCGAUCUUAGCAAAUUUCCUCUCGGCCUCCCAUUCAGAUAACCGAAAUGGCUGGAAAAAUUGUUCACGCCACCCUGAAAGGACCUAGCAUUGUUAAGGAGAUAUGUGCGGCAUCAGCUCUUGCUCUGUUUGCUGGUAGCUUCUGGAAAAUUCAUCAGUGGAAUGAACAGAAGAGAGUAAAAUCCUUCUAUGACUUGCUGGAGAAAGGCGAAAUUGCUGUAAUCGCGCAGGAAGAGUAAUUUGUUAGUUACCAUUUUGUAUUCUUUCUCUCAUUUGGCUCUUGAAUCAGAGAUGGCCAUUGUUUCUUUCUCGACUGAAUAAUCCAUUCUGCAAUUUUGUAGGUAGUCUAUGGCAUUAUCUUCAUAUAAUAAAACUGUGAGGGUGAUGGUGUUUUCCUCCCCAUGGAUUUGAUCAUAUAUGUAUAAGCUAAUAUAUGAUUUCUUUGGCUUUCUUAAUGGAAAGUUUGAUUAGAAUCUA